GUAGGCAGUGAUUCAGAGGAUGAAAGCUCGCAGGAGGCUGCUGCAGAGAUAGCAGCAAAGGAGGCAGCAGAGAAAAAGAAGAAGGAAGAGAAGGCAAAGGAAGCAGAGCGGAAGAAGAAGAAUCCUAUGGAAGGGAAGAAGAAGAAAGAGGUUAAAGAGGAGAAGCAAAUUGAGAAAAGCAAAAAGAAGAAAGAUGAAGAGGGUGAGAAAGUUAAGAAGAAGAAGGAGGACGAUUCAAAGCCUGUGAAGAGGAAGGGGGAAGAAGAAUGCGUGAAGCCAAAAGGCAAAAAGUCUGAUGAUGCAAAUGAGACGAGCAAAAAGUCGAAAAAGAAGAAGGUGACCAAAGAUGAUGAGAGCACAGAGGAUGAAGAUGAGACGAGCAAGAAGUCGAAAACUAAGAAGGUGCCCAAAGAUGAUGAGAGCACACAGGAUGAAGAUGAGGAGAGCAAGAAGAUGAAGAAGACUGAACGCGAGAAGUCGACCGGCAAGAAGAAGGAAUCCAAAAGGGAUGAUGCAGGCGCAGAAGAAGAAGAGAAGACCAAGAAGUCGACCCGCAAGAAGGAAUCCAAAAAGGGUGAUGAGAGCGCAGAAGAAGAAGGUGAGAAGAGCAAGAAGUCGACCCGCAAGAAGAAGGAAUCCGAAAAGGAUGAUGAGAGUGCAGAAGAAGAAGGUGAGAAGAAGAAGAAGAAGGUUGCCCGCAAGAAGAAGGAAUCCAAAGAGGAUGAUGAGAGCGCAGAAGAAGAAGGUGAGAAGAGCAAGAAGUCGACCCGCAAGAAGAAGGAAUCCAAAGAGGAUGAUGAAAGCGCAGAAGAAGAAGGUGAGAAGAGCAAGAAGUCGACCUGCAAGAAGAAGGAAUCCAAAGAGGAUGAUGAGAGUGAUGAGAGUGCAGAAGAAGAUGAUGAGAAGAGCAAGAAGAAGUCUGCAAAAAAAGGCGCAGGCAAAGAUGAGGAGAGCAAAGAGCUAACAAAGAAGAAGAAGAAGAAGUGUGAGGAAAGCUCUACAGAGGACGAGGAGGAAGGGGGAAGUGGGUCAGAGAGUGAGGCAGAGAGUGAGAGGAGCUCAAAGGGCAAGAAGCGCAAGUUGUCAGGUGGCGAAGAGGAAGCAAAGGGCAAGAGCAAGCUCGCAGAGGCAGAAGACAAGAUGGCCAAGACGGUCAACUCCUCUAGCCACCGAAAGGAGUACAUGCAGUUCAAGCGAUGGAUCGGGAACAAAAAGCGGUUUCCAUCAAAGCUGACUUCGGCGCUGCAAAACAAGGAAAGCCGCGACAAGAUGUUCCACGACUUCGUUGAAGCAGGUGGGGACAUAGAUCAAGUGCUCCUGAAGCAUGAAGCGCGGCUGGAGGAGUCUCAGCGGAGUGAAAUCCGUUGGGGCUUCAGGCCACUCAAGUGGCUUCAGGAUCGACAUGGAGAAAGCAAAGCCGCGAAGUUGGUCAAGCGGAAGACUGAUCUGGGAUUGACCAUCACUGACCCUGAGCUUCCAGAUGAUGAUGAAAAGCUCUACUUUACGAUCAUCAACUUGGACAUGGCAAGCUUGAGCGAGGUCAGGAGGCUUACGUCUCUUGAGAUGGAGGGUCGCAUUGACCAAGCUGGCAUCGAUGCCUUCGUCAAGGGUGGUGGAGUGUUGGACCCGACCUCCCAGCUGAAGAUUGGUGAGAUGGCGGGUGCGCCUGGCAUUGCUAAGCUCAUGGGUGCCAUGGGUGAGUGCAGUAAGAAGGGGAGGAACAAGAGGCAAAAGGAAGAGAACAACACCAAUGGACCAGGUGACACCAAAGAGGCCUGUUUGGAUACCUUUACUAGCUCUUCUUCCUUGACCUGUUUCAGCUCCUUUGCCAACCGUUUGCGAGGUCGUGCCCGAGACACCCUUGACCAGAGCCACAACCCUUCUGACCAAAGUCUUGAAGGAUGUAAAUGA